AGAUGAUGAUGACGCAGAAGGAUAUUAGCGCUGCCAGUUUGUUUGUUUGUUUAUAAUCCAUCUUCCGAGCAUUGGACAGUAAACAACGGCAUAGUCGGAAAUAUAAAGUUCAAAUAUCCAACAUCAGACUUUAACUCAGUGUAAUCCGGACUAACUACAGUUUAAGCAGCGCGAUACUUACAUAGUGCGUAUAGAAGUAUGGAAGUUCAUCCGUAAAAAUCCCGCGAAUAUUCUCAUCCUAAACGUGACGAAGACUUGUUUCAACACGAACAGGAAUAACUCCAGGUGUUACAACUGAGAUCUGAGUGAUAAAUCAUUGUAAAAUGAUGUUUAUUAAAGAAGAGAGUGAGGACAUGAGUUAUCCAGAACCAUGCAGUUCAAAUGCCAUGAAAGAUGAAGAGACUGAGGAACAAAGAGAUCUGAUGCAAGUGAAAGAGGAAAGUCCAGAACUGAAUGAAGUGGAAGAGAAACACCAUCCAUAUCAGACACUUUAUUGUUUCAAAACAAAACAUAAGUCUUUUAGUGACUCACAGACUGAAAAUCAUUUAUCACAAAAAAGAACUAAAAGAACAAGAGUAAAACAUUCUUUCACCUGUCAUCAGUGUGGAAAGAGUUUUGGACAUAAAGCAGAUCUUAAGCGUCACAUGAGUAAUCACACUGGAGAGAAGCCUUUCACCUGCCAUCAUUGUAUGAAGAGUUUCAAACGCAAAGAAAAUCUUACUAGGCACAUAAGAAGUCACACUGGUGAGAAGCCUUUCACCUGCCAUCAGUGUGGGAAUACUUUUACACGUAAAGCAAGUCUUCAUAAGCACAUGAGAAUUCACACUGGAGAGAAGCCUUUCACAUGCCAUCAGUGUGGGAAGAGUUUCAGACAGGCAUGUAAUCUCAAAACUCAUCUGUCCUUGCACUCUGGAGAAAAGUUAUAUAGCUGUGAUCAGUGUGGCAAAACAUUUUCUUCAACAUCAAUCUUGAGAACUCACCUGAAAAGUCAUGCAGAAGAGAAGCCCUACUUGUGUUCAGUUUGUGGAAAGAGUUUUUCACAGCUGCACACUUUAAAAGAGCACCAGAACAUACAUACUGGUGUGAGAGAUCAUGUGUGCUCGGAGUGUGGGAAGGCUUUUCACAGAGCUUUCGACUUGGAACGUCACAAAAGAAUCCAUACUAGAGAAAAACCUUACAAGUGUUCACAUUGUGGAAAGAGUUUCAGUCAGUCAGGAGCCCUGAAAGCACAUGAGAGAGUGCACACUGGAGAGAAGCCAUACCACUGCACUUCAUGUGGGAAGAGUUUCACUAGUUCAGGAAGCCUGAAAAAACAUCAGACAAUGCAUACUAGUGAGAGGCCGUACCAUUGUAGUUUGAGUACAUUUACCGUACAUGGGCAGUAAGAAUCUACCACAGGUUUUUGAGUUGUCGAGCUAAAGCCUUAAUCUCUCUGUCCAAGUAUAGAUGACAUUAUACGAAUCUGUGAACAAAGGAGGUCAGCUGAGAAAGUGACAGAUGCUUUUUGGUUGACCUUUUCAUAGUAGCGGGUUGAAGUCAGCUACAGUGAGAGCACACAACAACACAGGUACAACAACAUGGAAAAUGUUACAGCCAUGUGCAUUUCUUACAUUUGUUACGUGUUGAUUUUGGUGCUGAUCAGACGUACGUUAUAUGUUGUACUUGUGGGGACGUCCAAAGGCAGAAGAUGACACUAUUUGCUCCUGGAUUGUUCUAGCUAUACGAGCUCUGCUUUGCUUUACUUUUAUCCUUUUAAUCACUGUGUAAAGUGUAAUAAUAUUUAGACUGAGGAUAGAUGUUGUGAAAAAAAUAGACGAUUAAGAAAAUAUAUGUUUUGUCUAUUUUCCUAGUGAUCGCUGGUAUUUGUUGUCUGAAUACUUAAAUAGUUCAGUAUCUGUACCUGUCAUUUGCUCAUGCUGCAUAUUCAAUAAAAAUCAUGCUUUCUGCCUCAUUAUA